CUACGUCAUGACGUCACUCUGCAUCAGCACCCACAGAGUAGUCGCAGCCAUUUUACUCCGCCAAAAUAAACUUCAAUCUCAUUGCUGGAGGAAACACAAUCACUGAGGACGAGGACGACGCCGUUGUCAUUAUGGACACAUCGCUAUGAGCGCCAGCGCGGACGUUGUGGGGUUUCCGCUGUUGUCACGUCUGAAGAUGUGAACAUCAGUCACCAUCGCUGUGAGAGCAGACAUUGUACAGUAGCAACCUCACUCAACCAGAGGACUGUGACAUUACGUACCCGCCAAUCGCCUGGGACAACAUAUCCCUAAUUCUCUCCUGACGCAGGAUGGAGCCCCAGGCUUCCCUGGGGCACCUUGGAGCAGAAGGGAUGUGUGUGCUGGUCCCCAGUCCACAGAGUGAAGCAGUGACCCAUGACAUGGAGGAGUUGUCGCUGCAGCCCAUCCAGAGACUGCCCCCGCUCAAUGAACGCAAAAACGUUCUGCAGUUGAGACUUCAGCAAAGACGAACUCGCGAGCAGUUGGUGGAUCAAGGCAUCAUGCCACCCCUGAAGAGUCCGGCUGCUUUCCAUGGGCAGAUCCGCAGCUUGGAGAGAGCAAGGACAGAGAAUUUCCUUAAGCACAAGAUCCGCAGUCGUCCAGAGAGAGCAGAACUGGUCAGGAUGCACAUCUUGCAAGAGACUGGAGCCGAGCCGUCACUACAGGCCACUCAGAUGAAGCUAAAGAGGGCCCGAUUGGCCGACAACUUGAAUGAGAAAAUCGCCCAGAGACCUGGUCCCAUGGAGCUUGUAGAGAAAAACAUUAUACCUGUGGAUUCCAGCCUCAAACACGUCAUAAUAGGACAGGUGAAUUAUCAUAAAGUCUCGGAUGAGGACAGUAGUGACGCCCUGUCCCCAGAGCAGCCCGCUAGCCAGGAAUCUCAGAGCUCUAUCCCCUCACCUGUGGAGGUAAAAGGCCCAGAGGCCCCCACUCCAGCGCCACUUCUUCCUAGCAUCUUACUGAAGUCCCCCCCAGCUGCUGUAGAACCCACCACAGACAGAAUGAAGGUAUUCACUGCGAAUGAGCACCCUUCAAGCCGCCCUGCAGUAUCUGCUGCUCAUCCCGUCACUCCUUCCAAGCCAGGCCCAACACUGGUGAAACAAAGCCAGCAAAAGACGCCGUCUGAGAAGAGCCGCAAGAAAGGCAAAGAGGCCAAACCCAGAGUGAAAAAGCUCAAGUACCAUCAGUAUGUUCCACCAGACCAGAAGCAGGAGGCCUGUGAGGCCCAGAUGGAUUCCUCCUAUGCCAGACUUCUAGAGCAGCAGCAGUUGUUCCUCCAACUACAGAUCCUCAACCAGCAACAGCAGCACUACAACUAUCAGACUAUUUUACCUGCCCCGCUCAGGCCCGUGACAGAUGGCCAGAGUGGCAAUCCGAGCACCAUCGUUGUUUCUUUGCCCACUGCACCACCACCUCCCACACUGCCUCUGGCACGGCAGAACAACUCCUUAUCGAGCCGUAAGCCCGGAGUCUUGCCUCCCAACCUGGAGGAGAUGAAGGUUGCUGAGCUGAAGCUGGAGCUGAAGCUGCGUGGCCUCCCUGUGUCAGGAACUAAAAUGGAUCUGAUCGAAAGACUAAAGCCCUUCCAGGAUAGUCCUAGCUCGCCUGCUCUGACCACUAUUCCCUCACCUGCCACCACCACUCUCACCGCCAUUCCCAUGGAGAUCGUCACCACCAAUACCAGACCUGCUGCCACCCAUCCACUCCAGCAAGUGGCCACUGAGAUUAUAAACUCCACGCCUCCUGUCUCGCCCCCGACUCCCAAGGGUCUUUUCAGCUUCCGGCAGGAUGUAGGCCUGUCAGACGCGAAUUGUGAGCCAUCAGGGCCCAAACUUCUCCCUCCCUUGCCUGUCCCAGAAAAGGACAGGAAGCUCCAUGAGAAGGAGCAGCAGAUUGAAGAGCUAAUGCGGAAGCUUGAGCACGAGCAGAAGUUGGUGGAGGAGCUGAAGAUGCAGCUGGAGGUAGAGAAGAGGACUCAGAGCAGCACUGACUCUCCAUUUGUAGUAUCAAGUUCUAUGAGCCCUGUUUCAACAGUCCUCAACACAAACACUGUAAAACUGGAGCAACCGAACUUGUCAAACUGUUCUCCACCUUCCUUUCCUAAUUCUCUUUUGGGCUCCCAGACUCUUACUAACCCGCUGCAAAAUGUGGUGAAGUUGGAGGACAUGACUGUGUGUUCUGGCAAACCUGUCCAACUUCCGCCUCAAACGCAGAUCCUCACGCAUACUCAAGGCCAAGUUAGCAGCAGCCCACAGCCUCUCCAGGGAAGUCCCAAACUCAACAACCAGCUGCAAACCCAAUCCGCCGCCCCCAACCUGCAGCAGUUCUUCAUCAGCCAUUCUGGCGGGGUGUCCCAGAUGCUUGGUCAACCUCAGACUCUGCUAACCACAACUGGUCAGGCUGGAACUCAGAUUCUGCUCCCUGUCUCACUACCCAACAACACAACCGCCAUCCAGCUGCCGAGCACCACGGUCAGCCUACAGCCUGUCCUUCAGGCAACUGUCUCAAAUCCAGGCCGAGUCCAGGCCUCCAUUCCUCAGCUGCAGACCACCAAGAUGGAGACAUCCCCCAGUCAGCAGUUAGUCAACCACAACUCAUUGCUGCAGACUUUAACAAUGUGCACUAACACCAUGGACACAAAGAACCACACAAGACCUGAGAUAAAUCCCCAGUGUUUCUUGAGGAGCUCCCCGGAUAGCAGAGCCUCUCUUCGGCCAUCGCCCAGUCACAUCUCCAAUGGGCCCCUCAAUAAGUCUUCCUCUGCAACCCAGCCCAACUUGAUCCUGCAGCCUGCAUCAUUGCUUUCUCAGCUUCCCAAGACAAAAGAACCUCCUCGAUAUGAGGACGCUGUCAAACAGAGCCGCAACAUGCACGUCAACAACGUUUCACAGGUUGCCACAGCAACCAGUCAGCAAAUGGAUGACUUGUUUGACAUCCUCAUACAGAGUGGAGAAAUGACUCCGUUUAUCCCACAUGAUUGUCUGACUAAGAGCCACCCGGUCACAGCCAGCGUCAGCACGCUUCCCCUCAACAGCGCCCUCUACAGGUCCCCGCCACACAUCCAGUUGGCCCCUCCCCCCACGCUGAGUCCCGCCAUGGACCCCGGCCUGGCCAACCUCUCCUCGCUGGCCACCGACAACCAGCUGGAGGCCUUCCUGGAGAGGACGCUGGCCGACACGCCGUCAGCAUCAGACCCGCGCACGCAGGGCCUGAUGGAGGAGCUGCAGGCGCAGCUGAUGGACCAGCAUCCCUACUCGCCCAUGGACACGUCCGACCUGUCCUUCUGCGACUCCUCCUCCUCGCCGCCGUCCUCGCUCAACAUGGCUUUGUCCGACCCGGCGCUGGACAACAUGGAGUGGUUGGACCUCACCAUGCCUCCGGGCCCGGGUGGGAUCCCUGCGGACUUCCUGGACUCGCACGACAUGCAGCUGCACUGGGAAUGACGCGCCGCCGCAAGAUGGAGAAGAGCACUGAUGCGUCGGUAACAGUCCAAAUACAACCACGUGAAACUACACGCAGGAGUUUGCACAGCUGUCAAAAAAUGAUGAUGUCAUCACUUCGGUGGCUAAAAACAAAAAAAAGGUUUGAAAUGGAUUGUCUAGAAAAGCCAGGAAGAGGCGGAGCCAAUUGGACUUGAGUAGCAUGGACUAUCUGUACAUAUGAAGAACAUGGUUCAUAAACAUCAUGAUCCUGCCAUAUUGUGACCCGUGUGCACAUCCUGCAUGUUUGCUGACUCAUCAACUCGUUACGACGCUGAGGAACAAACAUCCACAAAAACUAUCUUGGAAAGGAACACAGGUGAGAGUUAUGCACUACAGAGGCGUGACCAGGCCUCCACUUUGAUGACAUCACAGAUUUGUCCACAAGUCUCUCUUUUAUGAAUGUAUUCUGUCAGGUGAGGGAACUCUGGUAAUCACGGCAGCUUUGUGACUGUGCAAAGGGAACAAAUGUAGACCUCACAUUUUGGGUCCAUCCAUAGCCAACUGUCCUGCGUGCGUGCGUGCGUGCGUGCGUGUGUUCUUGUAUUUCUGCCAUUCUUGAGACAUCAACAAGGAAAAGUACCUUCCAUAUGAGGACCGGUGAACAAGUUAGGACAUAAAUCAUGAUCCCAAUACGGAAAACCAUUGCAUCUAAUAGAGAAUGUCUCAUUUGCACCCCUGGUGAUGAAAUAUAUCAAAAUUAGGGUGGUCCCAAAAAGGAGGGAUUUUUCAAAUUGACUGUGUGUCGGUUUUAAAAGUGCUUUCCCUCUGGUCAACAUAUGAAAUAACAAGUGUGUGUAAGAAAUUGAAAUGCGCCCCCUUUUGGCCCAAAAUGAAUACAAAAAUAAAAAAUAAAUAUGUAUAUAGAGACAUACUGUAAUAACAAAGUAAAUAAUAAAGAUUAAAAACCAAUUACAAACAAAAAAUUCCCCCCAAAAAUUAACUAAAAGCUUACCUUUUUAAUAUUUGGCAUAGUAUGUAUAUAUUAUUAAAGGCCUACUGAAAUGAAAAUGUUCUUAUUUAAACGAGGAUAGCAGAUCCAUUCUAUGUGUCAUACUUGAUCAUUUCGCGAUAUUGCCAUAUUUUUGCUGAAAGGAUUUAGUAGAGAACAUCGACGAUGAAGUUGGCAACUUUUGGUCGCUGAUAAAAAAAAGCCUUGCCUGUACCGGAAGUAUCGUGACGUCACAGGUUGUGGAGCUCCUCACAUCUGCACAUUGUUUACAAUCAUGGCCACAAGCAGCGAGAGCGAUUCGGAUCGAGAAAGCGACGAUUUCCCCAUUAAAUUGAGCGAGGAUGAAAGAUUCGUGGAUGAAGAAAGUGAGAGUGAAGGACUAGAGGGCAGUGGAAGCGAUUCAGAUAGGGAAAAUGCUGUGAGAGGCGGUUGGGACCUGAUAUUCAGCUGGGAAUGACUAAAACAGUAAAUAAACACAAGACAUAUAUAUACUCUAUUAGCCACAACACAACCAGGCUUAUAUUUAAUAUGCCACAAAAUAAUACCGCAUAACAAACACCUCCCCCCCCCCGUCCAUAUAACCCGCCAAUACAAAUCAAACACCCGCACAACACACUCAAUCCCACAGCCCAAAGUACCGUUCACCUCCGCAAAGUUCAUACAGCACAUAUAUUUCCCCAAAGUUACGUACGUGACAUGCACAUAGCGGCACGCACGUACGGGCAAGCGAUCAAAUGUUUGGAAGCCGCAGUUGCGUACUCACGGUACAGCGUAUCCAACUCAAAGUCCUCCUGGUAAGAGUCUCUGUUCUCCCAGUUCCCCACAGGCCAAUGGUAAAGCUUGACUGUCAUUGUUCGGAAAUGUAAACAAUGAAACACUGGCUACGACGUAGCCGCUAUGUGUUUGUGUUGCUGCAGCCGGCCGCUAAUACACCGCUUCCCACCUACAGCUUUCUUUGUUGCAGUCUUCAUUGUUCAUUAAACAAAUUGCAAAAGAUUCACCAACACAGAUGUCCAGAAUACUGUGGAAUUUUGCGAUGAAAACAGACGACUUAAUAGCUGGCCACAAUGGUGUCCCAAAAUGUCAGCUACAAUCCGUGCCGUCACGCGCAAACGUCAUCAUACCGAGACGUUUUCAGCAGGAUAUUUCACGGGAAAUUUAAAAUUGCACUUUACUAAUCUAACCCGGCCGUAUUGGCAUGUGUUGCAAUGUUAAGAUUUCAUCAUUGAUAUAUAAACUCUCAGACUGCGUGGUCGGUAGUAGUGGGUUUCAGUAGGCCUUUAAUGUUGUAAAUACACAUUUUUUAUAUAUCUAGAAAGGGUGGUCCUAAAGAGGUAGGCAUUUUUCAGAGGUCUCAAGAAGGUAACAAACACAAGAGUGUGGGUGGGUGGGUGUGUGUGUGUGUGGGUGUGGGUGUGUGUGUGUGUCAUCAAUGAAGUAAUUAGAAUAGAGUCAGAGUAAAAAAAACUAGCCUAAUUGGACUUUUGUAGCAAUGUUUCCAUAGUUAGAAUUGAAAUAGUCAGUUCCAGGGUCAAACUGUCGCCAUCACUAAAAAUUCAGGCAUUUUAACAUCAUAACACAGGUGUGGAAGUGCAUGGUGCUGUCUUACCUGGUCGUGAAAGUGUAAAAAGAAGUUCACGGCUGUGUUGUAAAACUUCAAAACAACCCAGGAGUACUCAUGUUCACUCUGGUGAGAGCAGAAAUAAUCACAGAGUUGUGUUGAUUGUAGGUGGAAGUGAUGGAUCAUCAUGUUUAAAAGUCUACCCCAGCUGACUUAGGGACAGCCAAUCACAAGGCGCCUAUAAACUAACAGACUUUUGUUUCCAAAUAUAUUUUUGGAUGUGGUAGAAAGCAGGAGUGAACCCACACAAGCCUGCGAGGCGCAUGUGCUUCCCACUCAUCCACCGUUAUGUCUUUUGAGGAGUCUACUAAAAGGAGCGCAAUACUGGCUGCAACCAGCAGGAGGCGCUGUUGCUCCAAUAUAAUAUAUUUAAUAAUCUAACGUCCUGUGCGUUUUAAGUCGUGCGGAAAAAUCUCACUUUUAGACAUUUAUAAAUUAAUCUAAUUGUUCUUUUACAACAGAUUCAGCCAUGUUGUACUGACUAUUGAUUGAUUGAGACUUGUAUUAGUAGAUUGCACAGUACAGUACAUAUUCUGUACAAUUGACCACUAUGGUAACACCCCAAUAUGUUUUUCAACUUGUUUAAGUCGGGGUCCACGUUAAUGGUAAACCAGGGCAGAUAAGAGUACGCCACAUAACUGUUCUAAAAUAAGAAGGAUUGUUGAAGUUGUGUGGGAGUGUCACCAGCAGCUUUACGUCGUCUUUGUGUCACCUUGUCCGUGCAGUGUUCACUUCCUCCUGCAGCAACGUGUUGUUACCCCCGGUGGCCGCAAGAGGGCGCCAUCACUGCUUUAGUUCUCCACACACAACUUUGCAUAGAUGUGAUUCCAUGUGGAGCCUUUUGUCACUUGAGCCAACAUUACUAAUGAGUUAUGUUUUUUUACAUUUGAUGUUCGCCUUUAAGGGUGUCAAAUUGAAUGUUUUAUGGACAAAACAAGGCAUUGGACUUUAUUAUCACUUUUUUCAGGUUGAUUUAUUAUGAUUAUUAUUUUUCUUACUACUACUUUGGUUUGCAUUUUUCUUGUUCAACUGAUAUAUUUGUCAUAUCGGCCCUCGGUGAUCGGAGCCCGACUGGCCAGUGAAGGUCAGCUCGUACGUUACUGUAACCAUGACAACCUUGUACUGUACUUUGCUGCAUGUGAUAACAGUUGAUAAGAAUCUAUUAUGGUGUUUCUGAAUAACUCCUGGGCUUCCCCUUAACGACUGCAGUUUAUCGCCAUGGUAACAGUAACAUCAAUUCUGACUAUUCUGGGAUUUAAAGAAAAUAAUAAUCACCCUUCCCUUCCACCUUUUGUUUGCCUGCCAUACGUUUUGCACAUUGUGUACAUACUUCUAUAGAUGUAAGUCAUAUUUUUAUACAUGUUUGGAAUCACGGGCUCUCUCUGUUGUAAAUACUUCGAAUCUUUUAUGUGAAGAUAAUAAAAUUGGU